AUGAUCCCUAAAAGUCUUCUCGCCGUGCUUCUCGUCACACUCGUCUCGUGCAACAACACGACAAUCGACUGCUCCGUCGAAGAACACUCGUGCUUCGGAACGCCAGCCAACUGUCAACCGGACACCGAUUGCAAUGUGCUGUUUCACUUCGAUCCACAAGGAAAUUUGGACGUCAAAAUGAGGGAUGUCGUCGAUUACAAUAGAUACAUCGCAGUGGCUGUCAGUGUUCGAGCGGAUCUCGCGACGGAGUACGUCAUCUGCAUUCCACAUCAACAGAGACGGAUGAGAGGUGUCGCGAAGCAAGGAGAGCCGAUUCAGAUUGUUGAGCAGCAUAUGGCCCGCUAUGUCCGAGACAUGUCCGACGACGAAUUCGUGUGCACAUUCCUCAAGAGUGAGCUCCCAAACGACUUCUCCAAUCAAGACGUCUUCUACUUCGCCGAUGGAAUCUACUCUGAGAAUAUGAUUGUCCCAAGUGUAGAACAACUUCAUCUACUCACCCCCACAUACUUCUACUCCUAUCCAGUCGCCGCUAGAUCUUUUGAACGAUCGGAUUCUGUGUUAUCAGUAGAUGAAAGCAAACGGACGUCGGAUUUGUUGGGAAGAAUGAGAAGAAUAUCUGGAGGUGACGAUGAUGAGGAGUUGGGAGCACUUCUUGGAAAGAAGCAUCGGAAGUCGGAGGAAUCGGAAGAUGAAGGAGAGGAAGAGAACUUGGAUGAUAUGUUGGAUUCUGGAAAGAAGUACAGUACUCGACGUCGGCAGGAGCAGAAGCGUCGCCGUGAAGAAGAGGAGGCGGAGAAUGAUGAGGAGCGACCACGUCGGAAACACAAAUCGAGAACCCGUGGAUCUCGUAAUGAGGAAGAUGAAGAGGCGGAGCAAGAAGAGAAUCCAAAAAAGAAGAGCAGACGCCCAACAUCUCGUCGUGAACAUUCCGAUGAAGAAGACGAGGACGUCUUCGAUGAUGAUAAGGAUGUCAAACCGAAGAAAAAGAACAACAAGAAGGAAAAAGGACCGGAUGAGGAGGAAUAUCACGACGAUGACUUCGAAGAUAGCUCCAACGGAUUCCACCUCUUCAAUCUCCUCGCUCUCAUCGCUGCUCUUGUCUUUUUCAUAAUUGAUAAUUAG